AUGAGCAAAAAUAUUAAUUCUGCUACCAUGGACUUGGAAAUACCCCCAAAGGAUAUGGAAGAGCUACAACUCGAAAAGCUUGUCUUUGGUGACAUGGAAAACUUCCAAAUGAAUUUGAAGAAAACUGAUAAUUUGCUCGAGUACAACACCAGCGAUGAGGAACUUGAAGGUGUGGAUAGUGAUGCUUCUAAAUUUUACAGUGGUUCUGACGAUGAGAAUGAUAGACAAGAUGACGAUAUGUUUUUCAUCGAUGAUGGUGAAAAUUCUAAUGGUGUUGAAGGAACCGUGGAUAUGGAACUAGAUGACCUGGAUGACAACGAAUCAGAAUCAGAAGAGGAUGAAGAACAUGCAUGGAGUGACAGCGAAGAUGAAAAGGUGAGUAUUUCACUUGUGGCAUCAGAUAAGUUGAAGAAACUCAGAAAGUCCACCACAGACGACUACGUCAAUGGUAAAGCAUAUAUCAAGAGACUUCGGACCCAGUUUGAAAGAAUAUAUCCUAGGCCAAACUGGGUGGAGCAGAUCGAAGAAGAGCAGAACGGCGGCGAAGAAGGAAAUGAAGCCAGCGAUGAAUUAACCAAUAAUAAUACGAAUGCAUUAUUGUCUAUUUUAAAAUCCACAGACAAGUUUACCAUAACCAAGCAGUUGAAGUUAAUAUCUCCCAAUAAGAUAUCCGUGACCAGACUCAAGGAUGGAAAUCACAACAGGAGGUCUAAGUCUGGGAUUCAGUCCCUUUCUUUCCACUCCAAACAACCUUUGUUGCUUACAGGUGGAUUUGAUAAGACUAUAAGAAUAUACCACAUAGAUGGUAAGUCAAAUACUCUUGUCACCAGCUUGCAUUUGAAAGAUUCACCUAUUUAUUCAUGUUCCUUCCUGAACUUAGUCACCAAAGACAACAAGAAUCUCAUAUAUGCUGCUGGUAGAAGAAAGUAUAUGAACAAAUGGGAUUUGAAUACCGGCGAAGUAGAGAAGAUAAGCAGAAUGUAUGGGUUUGAAAAGUUCCAGAAGUCCAUGGAGUACUUCAAAGUCUCUCCAAUGGGCACUUUUGUUGGCCUUACAGGGUCCAGUGGAUACUGUAAUAUCCUAAAUGGACUUUCAGGCCAGUUUUUGAAAAAUUUCAAAAUCGAAGGAACCAUAAUAGACUUUGAUUUCUCUCACGACGAGAAGAUAAUUAUCAUUACCAACACGGUUGGCGAGGUAUGGGAGUUUGAGUUGGAAACCGAUAAACUCAUGAAAAGAUGGCAGGAUAACAACGGAAUCGGAAUCACCAAAAUUAAGUUUGGUGGUCCAAGAGACCGUUGGUUGGCGAUAGGAUCCAAUACCGGUGUUGUCAACUUAUAUGACCGAUUAUCCUCCACACCUACAAUUCCCUUCAAAGCGGUGGAAAACUUGGUUACCACGAUUUCGUCAUUACAGUUUAACUCGGAUGGACAAUUACUUGUGAUUGCAUCCAGAGCCAAAAGAGACGCUUUGAGGGUAGUACAUCUACCCUCAGCAAGUGUAUACUCUAACUGGCCCACCAGCGGUACGCCAUUGGGAAAGGUCACCUCUGUGACAUUCUCACCCAAUAGUCAGAUGUUGGCGGUGGGUAAUGAGGCUGGAAAAGUGACACUUUGGAGACUCAACCAUUAUUAG